UCAGUCCCGGCCCGCCGCCCGUGCGCCCCGGAAGCCUGCCUUGAGAGCGCGACCCGCGCCCACUGGCUCCCUCCAGCAGCCGCCGUCAGGCCGAGCCCCAGCUCCGGAGCAGCCGCUGCCGCUGCCGGGACAUGGUCCUCUGCGUUCAGGGACCUUGUCCUUUGCUGGCUGUGGAGCAGAUCGGGCAGCGGCCCCUGUGGGCCCAGUCCCUGGAGCUGCCCGAACCAGCUAUGCAGCCUUUACCUGCUGGCGCCUUCCUGGAGGAAGCAGCAGAGGAGUCCCCAGCCCAGCCAGAGGGUGAGCCCAAGGUGCUGGACCCCGAAGAAGAUCUGCUGUGCAUAGCCAAGACCUUCUCGUACCUUCGGGAAUCUGGCUGGUAUUGGGGUUCCAUUACGGCCAGUGAGGCCCGGCAACACCUGCAGAAGAUGCCAGAGGGCACAUUCCUAGUACGUGACAGCACCCACCCCAGCUACCUGUUCACAUUGUCGGUCAAAACCACCCGUGGCCCCACCAACGUGCGCAUUGAGUACGCCGACUCCAGCUUCCGCCUGGACUCCAACUGCCUGUCCAGGCCGCGCAUCCUGGCCUUCCCAGAUGUGGUCAGCCUUGUGCAGCACUAUGUGGCCUCCUGUGCUGCAGAUACCCGAAGUGACAGUCCUGACCUUGCAACCACCCCAGCCCUGCCUACCCCUAAAGAAGAUGCACCUGGUGACCCAGCACUGCCUGCUACUGCUGUACACCUAAAACUGGUGCAGCCCUUUGUGCGCAAAAGCAGCACCCGAAGCCUGCAGCACCUGUGCCGCCUCGUCAUCAACCGUCUGGUGGCCGACGUGGACUGCCUGCCACUACCCCGGCGCAUGGCUGACUACCUCCGACAGUACCCCUUCCAGCUCUGA